AUGGCGCGCAAAGCUUCCUCCGUCCCUGAGGGCUACAAAGAAGAUCUCUCCAAGGGGAGACUCCUCCGUUUCGAAGACUCCCUCCCCCGUCUGCCAGUUCCUUCUCUCGAAGAAACCGGCCGUCGCUACCUCAAAUCCGUCCACGCCGUCGUCUCCGAGGCCGAGUACGAGCGCACCAAGAAGGCCGUCGAGGCCUUCAUCCGCCCCGGCGGUGAGGGCCAGCCGCUCCAGGAGCGUCUCCUCGCCCGCGCCGCCGACCCCAACUGCAAGAACUGGCUGACCGAAUGGUGGAACCACGCCGCCUACCUCGGUUACCGGGACCCCGUCAUCCCCUAUGUCUCGUACUUCUACUCCUACCGCGAUGACCGCGCCCGCCGGGACCCCGCCAAGCGGGCCGCCUCGGUCACCUCGGCCGCGCUCGAAUUCAAGCGCCAGGUCGACGACGGCUCUCUGGAGCCCGAGUACAUGCGCGGCCAGCCCAUGGCCAUGAGCUCCUACCAGUACAUGUUUAACUGCUGCCGCAUCCCCGCCGAGGGCGCCGACUACCCCCAGAAGUACCCGGCCGCCGAGCACGAGCACAUCGUCGUCGUGCGCAAGAACCAGUUCUUCAAGGUGCCCCUGGUCGUGAACGGUCAGCGCCUCAACAACUCCGAGAUCGAGCAGCAGUUCCGUCGCAUCUACCAGGUCGCGCAGCGCGCGGACCCCGUCGGUGUGCUCACGGUCGCCAACCGUGACCUCUGGACGGACGCUCGCAAGAAGCUGCUGGCGGCUCACCCGGCCAACGAGCAGACGCUCCGCGACAUUGAAUCCGCUGGCUUCGUCGUCUGCCUGGACGACGCCACCCCCGUGACCCUGGAGGAGCGCGCCCACCAGUACUGGCACGGCGACGGCAUGAACCGCUGGUUCGACAAGCCCCUGCAGUUCAUCAUCAACGACAACGGCACCGCCGGGUUCAUGGGCGAGCACAGCAUGAUGGACGGCAGCCCCACCCACCGCAUGAACGACCACCUCAACAACCUCAUCUUCAACAACAAGAUCGACCUGUCGGAGAAGUCCGUGCGUUCGGACCUGCCCGACCCGCGCCCCCUCAACUUCCACCUCAACCAGGAGGUGCGCGAGGCGAUCGACGCUGCCACCAAGGAGCAUCGUAGCCAGAUCGCGGCCCAUGAGCUGCGCGUGCAGGCGUACCAGGGCUACGGCAAGGGUCUGAUCAAGAAGUUCAAGUGCAGCCCCGAUGCCUACGUCCAGAUGAUCAUCCAGCUGGCCUACUUCAAGAUGUACGGCAAGAACCGCCCCACCUACGAGUCCGCGUCGACCCGGAAGUUCCAGGAGGGCCGCACCGAGACCAUCCGCUCGGUGUCGGACGACAGCGUCGCCUUCUGCAAGGCCAUCUCCGACCCCGCCGUUCCCCGCGAGGAGGCCGUGCGCCUCUUCCGCCAAGCGCUUGCCGCGCACUCCAAGUACACUGCCGAGGCCAGCGACGGCCGUGGUGUCGACCGCCACCUCUUCGGUCUGAAGAAGCUCCUCCGCGAGGGCGAGAAGCUGCCCGCCCUGUACGAGGACCCCGCCUACGCCUACAGUGGAUCGUGGUACCUCUCCACCAGCCAGCUGAGCUCGGAGUUCUUCAAUGGAUACGGAUGGUCGCAGGUGAUUGACGAUGGAUUCGGCAUCGCCUACAUGAUCAACGAGAACAGCCUUAACUUCAACAUUGUUUGCAAGCGGAUUGGAGCCGACCGCAUGAGCUACUACCUGAACGAGGCGGCCACUGACCUGCGCGACAUGCUGAUGCCCGACCUGGCUGCGCAGGCCGAGAAGGCGAAGAUGUAA